GAUGGGAAACUGAUCGCUGUUGCUACUUCAAAACCGGAUGUUGUAAAUAUCGGGUCCAUUUUGACUUUGGAUUCGAUUAUAGGGAAAGUUGCAAAAAUUGCUUUAGAGGCUGCAGUAGAAAGUGUGAAUACUGAUCCAACUAUUCUUAAUGGAACCAAACUGAAGCUAACCAUUCAUAACUCAGAUUUUGGUAGCUUUCUCAGUGUUAUAGAUGCUAUACAGUUAAUGGAGAGUGAAUCUGUGGCAAUAAUAGGUCCACAAUCUUCGGUGUUGGCUCAUAUGAUAUCUAAUGUCGCGAACGAGCUGCAAGUACCACUAUUAUCAUUCACAGCCACGGACCCCACAUUAUUCUCUCGUCAGAAUGAGUUCUUUGUCCUAACAACUCACAGUGAUCUUUUCCAAAUGGCUGCAAUUGCAGACCUAGUUGAGUACUAUGGAUGGAGACAAGUGGCAGCUGUUUACAUAGACGAUGAUCAUGGAAGAAAUGGAAUAACUUCAUUAGCCGAUCAAUUAUCUGCUAAAAGAUGCAAAAUCUCCCACAGGGCGCCUAUUAAACCCAAAGCAACACAUGAAGACAUAAAGGACGUUUUGCUUCAAGUGGCUUUUAUGGAAUCCAGAAUUUUUGUUGUUCAUACUUAUGCUAAUAUGGGGUUAGAGAUACUUGAAGUUGCUCAAUAUAUUGGUAUGAUGGAUAGUGGAUACGUGUGGAUCACAACGGAUUGGCUAUCAACGGUCAUGGACAUAAGCUCGCCACUUCCUAAGAGAUCAAUAUCUGCUAUGCAAGGAGUUAUUACUUUGAGGUCAUACAGAAAAGAUUCAUUUAUUAGUACAAAGUUUGAAACCAAGUGGGAAAACUUGACGACGUUGGGUCUGAGUAUGUAUUCUCAGUAUGCAUACGACACUAUUUGGCUACUUGCGCAUGCUCUUGACAAAUUCUUUAAUCAAGGUGCAAACAUUUCCUUCUCAAAGUAUUUCAAAAUGAAAGACUCAAAAGGCAGAUCCUUCAAUCUUGAUUCUCUGAGAAUAUUUAAUGGAGGGAAAGUGUUGCUUGAAAAUAUCUUAAAAGUCAAAAUGAAUGGAACAACAGGACCAAUUCAGUUCACAUCUGAUAAAAACCUUGCUUUUCCGGCAUUUGAAGUUAUUAACGUGAUUGGUACAGGGUUGAGGAGAGUUGGGUAUUGGUCAAACUCUUCGGGUCUAUCAACAUCUCCUCCAAAAAAUGUUGACACAAACCGAUCCAGAUCAUCUCAGACGUUACAUAAUGUAAUUUGGCCUGGUGAAACCUUUGAAACGCCUCUUGGAAGGGUUUUUUCACCGAAUGGAGAUCAUUUGAAAAUUGGAGUUCCACAUCGGGUAAGUUUUGUAGAGUUUGUGAAAGAAGUUAAGAAAAAUGAUACAUACGUAGGAUACUGCAUUGAUGUGUUUCAUUCAGCAAUAAACCUCCUGCCAUAUGCGGUCCCAUAUAAGUUCUAUUCAUAUGGAGAUGGUCAUGACGACCCAAGUUACACCAAUCUCAUAAGCGCAGUAAAUGAUGGUGUCUAUGAUGCUGCAAUAGGGGAGAUUGCUAUCAUCACAAAUCGGACACGAAUGGCAGAUUUUACUCAGCCAUUUAUCGAAUCAGGACUAGUUGUGGUGGCACCGGUGAGGAAACUAAACUCUGGACAUUGGGCUUUUCUCAGACCGUUCACUGGUACACUGUGGUGUACUACCGGGAUCUUUUUUCUAGUUGUGGGAUCAGUUAUUUGGAUGCUGGAACAUCGUAAAAAUGAUCAAUUCCGUGGCCCUCCUAAGCAACAAAUCACAACAACCCUAUCAUUUAUCUUUUCAACCUUAUUUUUCUCCCACAAACAAGAAAUGAGGAGCACUCUUGGUCAAAUCGUAUUAAUUAUAUGGCUAUUCAUGGUUCUGAUAAUCAGCAACAGUUAUACUGCAAGUCUCACCUCAAUCUUAACCGUAGAGAAACUUUAUUCGCCUAUUGAAGGGAUAGAUAGUUUAAUAUCAAGCAAAGUACCCAUUGGGUACCAACAAAAUUCAUUUGUUCGUGACUAUCUUGUCAAAGAGCUUAAGAUUUCAGAAACUAGACUUGUUCCCCUUAACUUGCCAGAAGACUAUGAAAAAGCCUUAUUAGAUGGUCCUGGCAAUGGCGGUGUUGCUGCUGUUGUAGACGAACGUCCAUACAUUGAACUCUUCCUUUCGACCCGCUGUGAAUUUAGCAUAGUUGGACAAGAAUUUACCAAAAACGGAUGGGGAUUUGCAUUUCAGAAGGACUCUCUUCUUGCCGUAGAUAUAUCGAACGCCAUACUGAAAAUGUCCGAAAACGGAGAGUUGCAAAGGAUCCACGACAAGUGGCUUACACGAAGUGCGUGCAGUUCUCAAGAUGCAAAAUUAACAGUGGACCAGCUCCAGUUAAAGAGCUUUGAAGGCUUGUUCUUCAUAUGCGGGCUAGUUUGUUUCCUAGCUCUUUUCUUAUACUUGGUGCAGAUUAUAUACGAGUACAAGAAAUAUAAACCCAAACCUUCAGAGCCAUCCGGAUGCAUUCAGACGUUCGUUUCAUAUUUUGAUGAAAAACAAGAGUCGGUUAAAGCCCGUUCCAAGAAAAGGGUUAGAGUGGAAACUUCACAUAGGAGAAAUGGAGAUCUUUAAUGGGCUAAUAUAGUUCCUAAAACUAGUAUGCAAAAUUGCAAAUUUAUAUGAAUGUCUUUAAGGACUAUUCAACCAAAAAAACCGUCUAGUGUUAAGUAUCUACCUUUCAAAUGUCUAUUGUAAAUUGUCUAUUGUAACUUUGAUGUGGCUUUUAAUUUUCAUAAUGCAUUAGAAUUUAUACCC